AUGGCGCGACGGUAUGAGAUCGCCGAGCUGUUAUGGCUGCGAGAAUCUCCCCUCGUCGCAAAGCCCUCCGGCCUGCCUCCGAUUGAAGAAUGGAUGCCCCAACCAGACCCAACAACGCAGCGCAAGCAACAAACCCCUCGUGACCCUAACAACCCAAAUGAAACUGGCACGGGCCGACGGCCCAGCUUCUUCGAAGCGAAACAUAUCUCCCGAGGAUCCAAUUCAGAGGACAUUGUGCUCGGUCCUCCCAAAACUGCGUUCGCUUCAUCUCGUAUUGGCGGCAAAGGCUCUUUCGACUUGACACCGGAACGGCCAGUUCGGCACCCUGACACGGAUGAGAAGAAUGACAGAUUCAACUUUCGAGAUCGAUUCUUCAAGGAUCGCGAUGCCACAGAUAAAGAUUUUGCUGGGCGAGAGGGGAAGCCAGGGCCACUGAAUGGCCGGCGCGGGGAGAGAGAAGACUGGAAUGCUGGGCGCCCGCGUCGCACAUUUGGUCCAGAUGAUCAGGAACGCAAGCCGAGACGGAAUGGCGAAUUUGACCGAUGGGAAAAUAAGGAUGGCCCUCGGGACGUCAAUGCUGAACGAACCCCCCAGAAGGAGGGCAGAUUCCCCCCGCGCAAAGACGGACAGACCCCACGAUCUAAAUAUGAAGGAAGCUGGUUCCGCGAUGAGAAUAACGGCAAUAGCAACAACCACGAGGGCGCCGAACUUGACGAUGACAAACCACCGCUGCGCAACCGAGAAUGGCGCCAGAACCAAACCCGACAUGGCACUGAGCGCGAGUGGAACCGCGGUGCCAAAUUUGAAACAGAGCCUGAAUGGUUGGAUGCCAACGACCGAGACGAGCCACGACGAGCACAUACCCAGGAGGACUUUGAACGCUGGAAGGAGCGUAUGAAGGCUGGAUCGGGAGCAGCUUCGCAAGGCCCUACACAGGCCGAGGAGAAGAGAGAAGCGAAUGCUGAAGCGCAAAAGGCGGAGACUCACCGUACCGAUGGUGAGAUCUUCAGCAAUUCUGGCACUCCUUUCAUGUCGGACAAUUCUAUGGAACGUUUCUUCGGUCUCUUGGGAGACUCAAAAGCCCAGCCCCAAGCCCAGGCUCAGGCCCCCGAGGUCAGCACUCCCAACUCCGCCGAGUCCGCCGCCAAGAAGGACCCUUUCCCCUUCCCAGGAAAACCUGGAAAAUCAUCUCGUUUCGCUGGCCUAUUCAGCCCUAUGCCAGAAAGUCCUGCCAGAGAGCCCGCACCCGAGCCCUACUUCCCCUCUCAGUCGGUACCGGCACCGGCACCGGCACCAGAGAGCAUGCCUCUUCCCUCCCACAAUGCCGACCAAGAAGGUUUCCAGCGCAUUUUGCAGAUGCUUGGAGGCCAACGAUCAGGAAACUCUACGCCUCAGCAGGCAGGCCUUUCCCAGCCGAGACAUUCAUCGCUGCAGGCGGAGCAACAACGAGCUGCUAUGGCCAUGUCAUCCCCCUCUAGGGAACCCCAUAACCAAAUGGACUUCAUGGGCUCUGGUCCAGAGAUUCCUCUGUCUCAAGCUGGUGUCAAGGAUCCUCAGUCACUGGAGAGGGCACACUUGCUUCGCCUGAUGCAGCAGGUUCGAGUCGGCCCAGCGUCUGCUGGCAACCCAUCGCAGCAAUCUCCCAGUUCCGGUAUUGCUCUUCCCCCCGGUCUGAUGCCAGAAGGCAUGCCACGUCCUCCCCCUGGUCUUCCCGCGCAGAAGGCCCCAAGCUUCCUCGAUGACCCGGCGAUUGCGAACAUGCAGCGCCCAGAUAGCGAGCAACUUCGUCGCCGACCUGCUAACGGCCCGCCCGUGGGCUACUUUGAUGACAUGCCCUUCCCCCAGGGUAACCAAGGCCCUAUGACUCCUGGCGGUCCCAUGACCCCCGGUGGCUCCCGGCCUCCACAAGGUCCACACCAGCCCCCAAUGGGUCUGCAGCGACCCCCGGGGCUGGACCAUCUGCCUCCUCCGGGGUGGACUGGUCAGCCCGUCCCGCAACAGGGCAACGGACCAAGCCCCAUGGGUCCUCCUCCCGGCAUUCCCACCCCUGGCCGUGGCAUGAACCCCAACUUCCCACCUGGCAUGCUUCCUAUGCCUGGUAACGCACCCCCGCUCAACGAGCGCCAAGCCUUCCCCCGUGGCCCGCCUCCCGGCAUGAUGCCUCCUCCGGGGUAUAUGAACGGCCCUCCGCCCGGCUUCCCUCCUAUGCCACCCAACCCAGAGGCCAUGAUGGGACUUGGACCUGGUGGCCAGGGACCUUUCGGACCGGGCAACCCAGGACCGCAAGGCCCUCCUCCUUCGUCCCGACACCUGCUUGAAAUGUUCGGCCAGCCCAACGGCGGUGACCCCCGUGGCGGUAUGGUCGGGCCGGGCCCAUUCAGGUAG